AGCUCGUCGCUGGACGGAGCCCUGCCGCGGGCAGCCGUCGAAGACCCCGCGCCUGCCGCGCACGGUGGAGGGGGGUGGGGCCUGGCCGCCCCGUCGCGGCGGCCCGCCGCUCCAGGGAUGAUGGAGAUGGCGCGCCUGCCGCACCGCGACGAGCCCCGCGCGCGGCUCGGGGAGCCCCUGGCCAUGCCGCCGCCGCGGGCGCAGAUGGAGCGGCCCGCCGGCGGGGCGGGCAGCGUCCCCGCGGCCGGGGCCGUGUGCGUCUCCGGGGAGCGUCUACGAGGUGUGCUGCUGUUUCUGCGCCGCGUUCGGCGUCUCGGGCAAUUUCGUGACCGUUCCUGA